UGGACGAUACUACCGAAGAGUUGUCACAUUUUACUGGCACUACAUAAUUCUUCUGGGCUUUCAAAUGGUUUGAGGAGUAUAAGUUCCAUGUUCUGUACCCAAUCUACGUGAGACUUUAUCUGGAACAUUGGAUUCAAGCAGCAUCUGGGCGAUACUAUAAUUUAUGGACGAGCCAAUCAGAAGCGUCUUUGAGAUUUCAAGGUUACGGCGCCAACUUCAGUGCUUAACGCUAACUUAUUAUGGGUGAAUUUAUCCGCAACGUAUCCAUAUAAGCCUAAUGAUCGCCCAGUGUAAUAACGGUCAUCUCGCAUUUGAACGCAGAUCUUAGCAUCCAGAUCGAAAUUGAAGUUCAUGGAGGAGGAAUUUUCUGCAACUAUCAAGGAAUAUCAGACCGUUUUAGAGUCAGUGGAUAAAAACCUUACAACAAUCAUUACUAACGACCGAUUCCUUAAUGACCUUAUUCCGAAGUCCGAUCACGAAAGUGAAUUCGUAAACCUGCCAAUAAACAGAGAAGUGAUGAAUGCUAUAGAAAUUCACUUUGGGCGAGCUAUGCGUCUAACGUUGUUGAGAGGAGAUGGUGUAAGACUACCUCUGGUAGUUCCUGUUGAUGCUCGUGUUUUGGAAUUGCGAUGGGCAGUACAAGAUGCAGUUACUUCGUACAUGAACCAUCUCCAUAGUGCAUCAAAUUUACCAAAAGAUAACCGUAAAGAAGAUUCCGCCGACUGUAUUCCGUCCAGCAAUAUUCCUUCGAAGUCGAUUAGCUGGCGUAAUUUGUGGAAAACGAAAUGUCUAGCUCUAGUGAACCCACAUAGUUUGUGUUCAUCAGAAGGUCUUCCAUCUAUCAGUGCUAGACUAGAUGUAUUAACUAAUAAGUUAUCAUAUUAUCAAAUUCGUAAUGGUGCAGUGAUCACUUUUGCUCCUCAGCUUAAGCGAAAAUGAACAUUAAUGUGUUUUUACUACGUCACUAAACUAUAUUUAAGUUUUCCUCUUUUGCGAUCUCACUGCUUUUACUUACCAAAUAAAGUAGUCAUAGGUUA